AUGCUCUCCAGUGGUGUGUUGCAGGUAUUACUCAUUGCGGGUGUUUUAAUUCAACAAGGUGCUUCGCUCGCUUUUGCACAAACAAAUUUCGCACUUUAUCAAGAAGCGAUUGUUUCGUCAAACGAUACUUGUGGUUUGCAAGGAAAUGAUGAAUUCUGUUUAGCUGUUGAUCGUUUCCAUCGUUGUCAGAAGUUUGAUUAUUGUGAAGCCGAUUGUCCAUUCGGGAGAAAUGAACCAGUUAGCCUGGAUAUUGUUGCUACGGGAAUGUUUCACGGCCAAGUAAGUGAUAGAUACUCUACUUAAAAAUCCGAAAGUGUAAAAUUUUGUAGAUUUUGCGAUAGGUAUGCGAGACACAAUCAAAACAAUAUUUUAGCAUUGAUUCAUUGUAAUACGUAAAUUGUUUUAAAUAAGCCAUGUACUUUUUUGUUUGUUUAUGCACACAUUAGCUGUUUUUAGGUAGCCUGAAAGAUUUGUCGGAAUAAUAACACUGAUAAUCGUCGGUGUGCUAGUUAACAUGAUUAUAUUCAAGCUUCAUCUGCUCGCAACUGUAGUGGAAAGUUGAGUACUCAUUCUCUUCAAAGUGAAAUUGUUCACUUUGUGUAACUUCGUUAAAUCGACUUAAUUGAAAAAUAAGUAAAUAAUUUUUUUUAAUCCGGAUGUACAGCUUGUGUGCUGGGCUCCUUCCCUCACCCCUCCACUACUAAUUUUGCAUUGGAAUUACAACACUUUAGAACUCCAUACCCUAUUAAAUUUGGUUUCAAGACAUAAGGAUCAUUGCUAGGGCCUUAAGAAAGAUGAAAAAAAAAAUCUUAACACCAAUUAACAACAAUUGUUAACAUUGUUCAAAGUGGUUUUGCUGUGCUUUCCUUGCAGGCUCAACAUGAUGUAUUAAAAUUGGUAAUGGUUAACUCUCAGGAAACCUAAUGCAGUUCAAGGGGGUGACUUGUUAUGAAUUUGUUAUGCAUCACAUCAGCAUCCCAUCAAGGAUGGGGUGGGGGGAGGGGGGGAAGGGUGUGAGAUAAUACUUCCAGUUACUUCAUGAUAUAGGAAGUGGGGUAAGCUUUAGCUAGAUGAGCCACUUGGCUCACCUGCUGACCCCAACCUGACUUACUGAAGGCUUUCCUUAACAGAAAUAUAAACUAUGUUAUUCCAUAACAUUUCUAUUACAGGUAAUGUUUACAAAUCAUACAAGUGGAGCUUGCCAGGGACAAGAAUUGACAACUGUUCAGUUCAAUGGCACCAAUGGUUUUAUUUCCAAGUCAACAGAGUUUUUGCUGAUAUUUGGGGAAUCUGAAGGAAUGACACUAACGAUCCAUCUGAGCCAAUACCCAGGGGACCAAGGGUAAGUAGUUGACCACAUUAAUGCAUUUGUCCAUUUCAGCUAUCAUGUAAUAAGUUAAUGAUCAUAUUGAGGCUGAUGUGAAGUCAUUUUACUCUCUUAGUCCCCAAAUACCAAAUUUAUGAGUAACAGGAAACUCCAUACAGAGGUUGUGAAAAAAUCAUAACACAAAGGUCACAAUUUGUUCAUGAAAUGAUUGUGCCUAAUAGUUGGUGAAAUUAAGGAAUCUGAAUAACAAAGCAGAAGUUAGUGAAAACAGAUCAGGGCUUACUGGUAAAUAAAACAGGCACUCUUUCUUGAUAGCUAGCACUGUAAUACCUCAAAUUAUUAACAUCCAAUUACAAUCAAUUCCUUUUUAGCAAAAUCAUAAGCAAAGAGGACAACAGUAGUAUACUAUUUGCAGUGUCAGCAGACAGCAAAACUGACCAUGAGAUAGUUCUAGAAUAUAUGAAUGCAAGUGGUUUAAGUAGCAGUUUGCACUUCAACAACAGUCUAGCAGAUGGAAAAUGUCAUCACAUUGCAGUGGUACUCUUUGGUUCUGUUAUACAACUGUACAUUAAUAAAAGGCUUGUUGCUGAAGAGAUCACUUAUAAAAAUAUUUGGAACAGAAGUGGAAUUAUCCUCUUAGGGGGGAGAGCAAAUGCUUCACAAGAUGAUUACUUUAAAGGUAUGCAACAUAAGUUACUAAAAUUUUGCCAUUAGAGAAAUUUACAGAUUAAAUUUUCAAAGUGGAUCAUGCUUUCCAUGCGCUGAUCAGAAGAAAGGGUGGAGAGGUUGGUGGCAGAGGUGUCUUCAGGGUAGUUGAUUGUGUCAUGACAGAGUAGUUUGUGACAAACUGGGGAGGUCAGUGCUUGUAAUUAUGUUUAAGUUCACAAAUUAACAGAAUUCUGGCCCUUUUUGGUAGAUGAUUGUAGACAAAUUUUGAAUGGUAGUGAAGACUCUGCUUGUCAAGGAGAUCUGAUGGGGGAUGCUAACUUUAAUUUAAAAUUGGUAAAGAAGAUCAGACAGACUUUGUCAGUACAUUACUGUUUUCCCCUCUAUGUCACAGAUGAGUCCUUUGUGUUUUAAUUGGUAAUUAUUUACAAACUUGUUAUGAGAUUCACUUGGACACUGGGUUUUAGAUCACCCCUGCCGCUUACAAACACAAACAUCUGGCUCACAUUGUGAUAAACUCACACCAUGCAGAGUUCCUACUGUAGGUGUAAAACAGAUCUGUGAGUUCAUAAUUCCCAUUCACAGGCUUAGUCCCCCCAUCCCCUCCCUUCCAUCCCCCUCCACCUCCCCUUAAUUCAGUAUUUCAGUUAUUUAGUCAUGAUUCUUUUAUAAUAUACUUGUCCUUCAGGAGAGCUUGGUUCUCGUCUUCAUAUGGGACCACUCCUUCCUUUAGAAAUCAAGACAGAUGCUUCACAGCAAACCCCACAGAAGCCCCGCCUAGCAGGACAUUGUAGAUGUAAUGUAGACUACCCAAUGGUGUCUUUGGACCCAGAUGGUCUUCAUUGUGUCAAUCCGAAAAGCAACAUUACAGUGAGGCGUGUAAGUAACCAGGCACACUUGGAAGGCAUGGGUAAUGAUGGAAACCUUAGUACAUGGUGGCAGUCCAAGAGAACAAGAGUUCCACUUAAUUUUACAGUCAGCCUUAGUGGUGUGAUACAAGUCUUAGUUGUGAAAAUAUCAUUCAAAUGGUGGCCACCAAGGGAUAUGGUUCUUUCUAAAUCUGCCGACUAUGGGGAAACAUGGGUACCACUGCAAUACUUUUCCCAAGACUGUCAAUCAACUUUUAAUAUGGAAGCUGGAGGGAGACUGGACUCUCCCGACAGAGCUAAUUGUGUCGAAAGAUUUUCACACCCAGUCCCCGACGAGAUUGUAACGUUUUAUUUACUUCAGUCUUCAAGGCCAGCAUCAAAUAGUUUUGAAACAAAUCUAACUCUUCAGGUUUUUUCAUUUGCCACUCAUGUUAGAUUGACAAUGAUGUCAUUUUUGGGAAAUUCAGCAGAAAAAACAGAUUAUUUUGCGGUUUCUGAACUUGAAGUCUUUGGAAGAAAUUGCUCUUGUCCUUUGCCGGUGAAAAGUUCCUGUGUUUGUGAUGGCGCCAUUACCAGACCGCCAAACUGCAGUGAAACUCUGAUAUUUGACAACCACUACUACAUGAGGAGUAUCUUUGAUCAAACGCCACUUGGGGUACCAAUACUGCAAGGUAAAGUUUUGCUAUUUAACAGUGUCAGGUUUUAUUCUAUCGUACUCUGUUGAGAUUAACCAACUGUAAAAACAUCACUGAGAAAUAAAUCAUUACCCGACUGCAGCUGGAUUGUUUGAACUCCCUUUUUCCUUAAAAAAAAACGUACCGUAGUAAUAUAAAGGAGAAGUAACAAAAGUAAAAAGAAGUCUGUACCUCUUAAGAGAAACCUACCUUUUAGAUUGUUCCAAAAAUUCUUAAAGUUCUUCCUUCCUAUCGCUUCAAACUCUUCCAGGCUUCUCCUUCUCUCUAUGUCAGAUAUCUAUUUCUUACGUGAUUCUUUCCAGUCAUUCAGUUUUAUUGGGCAUCAUCCCAUCUCAUCCCCCACGUCACUUUUAACACCUCCCCCCCCAAAUAAUGUAUAUUUAAUUGACGUUGCACGAGAACAAUUAUUAACCGCGUAUCUUGAUAGGUGACGUCAAGUUUUUUUUCAAUACGAAGACUAUAUGAUUCAGGCUUACAUAAAGCCAAUAUUCUUAAUCGAAGCUUUUGCGUUGAUUGCCUUACAGUUCACGCCAGAAGUCCAUGCUCGGGUUAUCUUCCAUUAUCCUACUUCAUAAUAGAGAGAAAUGACUCGCGGUUCUUUCAAAUUGAAAACACAACAGGAGUUUUUAAACUUCAAACUUAUGUUGCCUUGAACAGUACAUUCCGCUUUCUUGUUGGAGCCCAACUUCAAGGCGGCGCGGAACAUCUAGUCAACAGUUCGAAAACAACUGUUUUAAUCAAAGUUAUAACUCGCGCCACCUUAGACUCGCGGACUGUUGUGAAUUUUGAAACACAAAAAUUAGGUUAUCUUCAAGGGAGGACGUCUAACCGCGCGCUGCAGCUUGGUUUCUUCUUAAAUGGUUAUCCAGGAGGUAAAGGAAGUGUUCGCGCUUUUGUUGGAAAAGUGAGUGCAGAAGCACAUUAUUCGACGACGCGAGAACCAGCGACUCAUGUAAAGGCUAUACUGGUCAGCGCGAAUGUGUACUGGGACAGGCCUGUGGUGCGUGUUAUUGCGCAGGUGCAGGACUCCUCAUAUAAUGUUCGCACAUUGGUGGAUAAAAGUGAAGUUGUUGUCAAAGUCGAGCCCAGUGCUAAGCUGUUAGCCAUCGAUGGAAGCCCCUUACAAGUAAGUCUCUUUCAUGUAUGCUGAUCUUCUUUUGCCGCGUCUGCUUACAUUCAGAACCAGUAAUAUUUGCUCACCCUCACAGCCUGAAGUCACUUUGAGCCUACUUGAAGUAAGCCAAUGUGGUAUUCAUGUUUGAUCGCAUGGCUUUAGUUUAGUUAUAUAAUUGUAGUAGUGAUCAAUUGCUUAAUUCUUUCUUCUGUUUUUACUGCAGUCGAUGGCAAAGCCAAGUGGAUCUACUGGAAUUACCGAGAUACAAGUUCCCUUACCUUCGAAAUGGUUCUCAGACCCCUCUCUUCUUGAUCCUGAAGUUCUUACCAUCACGUACCGUCUGCGUAACUCUUCUGAGUCUCCCACGUUUCUUGGUAACGUCACAGUUCAUCCGGGAAGCAAAACGCAGUUGUUUUCAAAUGACGUAUACGGUAUACUUCCUUUUGACACGGUGUUAGUAGGCGGGGUAUUCAGUUUUUCAAUUUACUGUGACUCAUCCUAUGCUGUAGCCUCGUUUGGAGUAAGGAUAGUGAUUGGUACGUCACUUGUCAUCACCGGAGCACAAGUUGAUGGUCAGCGCUGGGCCCAUGUCACUGUCAAUCGCAGCUCUUUUGAAUGGUUUGUGAGUGCCACAUUAACUGAUCCUGAGGCAGCUCCUCAGGGAUUCGUCAAAAAAGCGAAACUUGUCAGCUUUGAUGUUAAGGUACAGGACACAGCUGUUGUUAAUACAAGCGCAACAGUCACUGCCGAGGUUAGUAAUGACUGCUUUCCAAUAUGUAUUCAUUGCACAUUCAAGCCAUUUAUUUGGAGGAUCAAGUCGUAUCGGUUACAAGACAUUUGUCGCCUUCGUUUUGUUGUGCAUCUGAAGUUUAACAAACUUAAGUGUUAAUUUUUGCUCCAUGAAAUAUCAUCAUAGUGAGUUCCAUAAUAAGUGUCUCUUUUAUAAAUUUGUAAUUGUGGAGCAAAAAAGUAACAAUGAUUAUAAUAUUGCACUUGAAACACAACCUAAAUUCGAUUGAUGAAAGUUUUUUUUAAAGUUAAAAAAAUCACUUCUCUGGACAAUAUUGUUAUGUUUACAUUGACACUGUGAAUGUCGUGUUGAAUAGCAGCAAUGAUGAUGAUGAUGAGCAAAUUGGGUCAUUCCGUGUGGAAAAUGAAACAACAAACCGACACAAAAAGAUAAUACCUCGACUAAACAAUGUGGAUUUUUUGUUCCUUUGGCAGCUGACUUACCUCAGUAAUAUCAACAACGAGGAAGUUCAGAUCGAUGGCCAACUACAUCCAGUCAUGGUGGCCAUGCUCGAUGGUUUCAACCAAUCUCGACACACGACAGGGAUGAUACGACUUUCUGCUAAUAGUGUCAAGGAACUAAGAGCAUACUCUGAGUCCGCUGAUUUAGUAAACACAGCUGUCAUCGAUGGACGGAUCGUGACAGCGAAUAUCACAAUUUUGGCUAUUCAAAGAUCGGGUGAUGUCAUCCUGCUUGCAGAAGCAAAUUGCACGAGUUUAUCAGAAGCUGUGCAAGUAACUAAGAACUGCUCAAACUUGUUUCUUAACGGUAGCGAGCCCAGAGGAUCAGCAGAAGCACAAGUUAAAGUCCAAUUUGGUCAAAUAAACACCAUCAUAUCAGUUCGUGUAUGGUUCCCUGUUCUGCCACUGAAGCUGACUUUGCCUCACACAGAGCUCGCAGAAGUCUCUGGUUGGUUGGAAUUCAAUGCAAAUAGCGGUAAAUGUGAUCAGCGAUAUCAAUGGACUGGAGUCGAGUCUGAAGCCCAGUUUACUUACGAUAAAGUCCACUUUGAAAACAUAUCGACGACAAGUUUAGUUCGUGAUCUUCUCAAAAGUCUGAAUGAGUCUGUAGCGACUGUGGAUAACUUCGGAAACGUGUACGGAAUGUCCACCGGUCAAACUGUUAUCAGAGCCGUAAAUCCACUGACCAGUAAUUUCCUAGCAAGUACUGAAAUCAAGGUGACCUCAUCAAGGCGAGUCGCUGUUCAACUGAUCGACAUUGUCAUGGUUACCAAUCUAAGUGUCAUCAUUCCUGACCCGCCUUAUCCGAGAUUGUCAACACAAACGGCGGAGGCAUUUGUUCACCAAGAUCUGCGUCGUGAUUACACAAGUGGUGCGCUCGUCGCUUGCGUCACUUUUAACGAUGGUAGACGACAAAAACUGAACUCUGCACUCGGCCUUCAGUUCAAGUCACUUCAAAUCCACGUACUCAGAAUCACUGGCCAAUCAGAAGCAGUGUCUGUCGGAUCUGGGUCUGGAAUUCUUCAAGCUGAUUGGUUCUUGCCUCCCAGCCGUUGUUAUCCAAAUGGAUUUAGCCUUGGAGUGGGCUAUGAAGUGACCAAUGUAAGUUUGUCACCUCCAGUGAGACUUGAAGUAAACGGCGUCAGUCCACAGAUCACUUUCCCCGGAGACAAGUCCACUGUAGCAGGGAUACCAACAUCAAGUCCCAUAUCAGUGACCUUGGUGUUUGAGAACGAUUAUCGAGUGGACAUGAGCUCUGACUCGAGGACUGUUUAUGACUUGAGCAAGUCUGAAGGUUUUUUCAGUGUACAGCGUGGUCAUAACAACACUCCUGUCAUUACACCAAACUCACGAGGCAAGUCCGGUAAAAAGGAUCUCGUAGUACGUUUUACUCAUUUCUCAGUCACGAGUUCUGUUUCAAUCAACAUCGUGACCUACACAGCUCUGGUAUUACAUGCCAAGCCCUACCCACCCUAUCCUGGAGCUCCUCACGUCAAUUCGCUCAGCCGUAUCGCUAAUACAAACGCACACGAAAUGGCGUCACUGAGCUUACUAAUGGUUUUGAGUGAUUCUUCAAACUAUGACAUCACAGGACACGAAGUGACGUCAUUUUCAUCCAGAUCUUCAGACGUGAUUGUCGGACAAAAGGCUGCAAACCGCGUAACAGUCAAGUCUGGCGCGACGUCAAGCUUUGCUGUUCUCGAUGGAAACUUUGGUGAUGUGGACGCUACAAAUCUCGGCAUAUUUAUUAAGAGCUCUUCAGUGACUGUGACAAACAUUACUAACCUUGUGUUACUCCCUGAUAACAACCAAACUUUGUCCGGAGUGGAGAAUUCCCUUGUGGCACAAGUGCAGUUGUCAUUGACAUUUGACAAUGGAAGACUCGUCCCGCAGUUUUAUGACAGGGGCGUUGCUUUAUUCUCAGGGUUAAUAUCUCUGACAAGUGAAAAUGAUAAUAUUUUCACUGUAGACUCUUUAACAGGUCAAAUUACUCUUAGACGUAACUAUCAUCGAACACUCUCUCUGACUGCAACUGCCGCAGUUUCUCUGGUUACAUCCAGCUUGAUUAUGGCUUGUAAUCUUUUGCCGGCCGUUGGUGACGUCGAUCUUGGUGAAGAAAGCGGAUUGCCGUUACCCCCAAGAUAUGUCGGAUCAUCGGUUCAAUUUCAAGUUCGUUUGAACGCUGGGGAAAGGCGUGGCGUCCAGAAGAUCGAUCUAACUCUCACUUAUGACUACUCAAAGCUUGCUGUGAUGUCUGUAAGAAAAGGAAGUGUAUGGAAUACCUGUGUAUCUGACUUGGACACCUUGGGACAAAUUUCCCUGGACUGUUUGAGUAACUCGCCCUUGAAUGGCAUUGUCAGGGUAGCGGACAUUACUUUCAAUGCCACCAGCUCGGGUUUGGCUUCAAUUCUAGGCUCUGUAAUCACGGAUACCUAUGGCUCGUCUUCACUUGUAGCUGGAACCGUCGAUCAGGAAGUUAUGGGAACCGGAAAAAGAAGACGACGUAGUGUUGGUGAUCAGGAGAGGCAAGACCUGCUUGAUGUUCGUAAAGAGCGCAUGCGUAGAGCUGUUCCGUGUGCUGCUCCGACUUGCCAAUGCGACAAGGUACUCCUCCCAGGUGAUGUCAACAGAGAUUGUCUGUUUGACCUCGGAGAUGUCAUCUUUGUUCUCAGAUAUUAUUCUUUCUCCAUUUUUAAUUUCUCAGACGCAACAGGGAUUAUAUUCCGCCAAUCUCUGUCCUCCAAUCAAACCCGUGAUAUUGAUGUUGACAGGAACAGUGCCGUGAACCCGGCUGACGCGUUUUAUCUUGUAAGAGCCUUUCUUGGUUUAGUUCGCUUUGUUUCCUCUGUAAGAGUAAUACCUGUUCAGGUUCUUAGCUCUGAUUGUCAGCUGUCACUCAGUGUCACUCUAACAUCAAAGAAUGGCCCCGCCUCAGAUGCCAACACAGUUGUUUUCUUCGACAUCACUUACAGAGGAAAUGCUGUCAAUUUCGCUGGGACUCGAGGAACUCAAAGAGGUGUAGGUAUCCAUGGAAAUCUCAUCCGGGGAGUUAGCAGAGGAAAUGGAAGUUUUGGCGUCCAGGCUGCCUUUGGACUCGUUCAAAACAGUAUUGGUUUUAGUGUUUUCCACGUAACCAUUGACAACAGUAACCAAACAAGUUUAACGCGAACGGCCGUCUUGCUUGGUAAUCCACACCCGCCAUAUUUUUUUCUUUUUAGAUUGUCUGUAGACCUACCGGUUGGCAGUCAAACUAUCAGCGUUAACACGAACAACAACUUCAAUCCUUUUAUCGUAUUCGAUAAUACAUUGACCUCGGCAGAUUGCAUGAACAACUUCGCGCCACAAUUUGAAACAAUCUUCUACCACGCCAAUGUCUCGGAAAAUGCAACUGUGAAUGCCUCGUUUAUUACCGUCAAUGCCACAGAUCUUGAUCAAGGUAAAAGUGGCAGAGUCUUCUACAGCCUUGUCAGCGCUGAAGCGCUUCCUUUUAUGAUAAACUCGACCUCAGGCGUCCUUCGCGUUGCGUGUUGUCUGAACAGAGAAGAGAAAGCCUGGUACAAUCUGACAGUUAGAGCUACAGACGGAGGGGGUGUGGGUCGGGAAAAAUUUGCCGAUGCGUUUGUGGUCGUUUUUAUCAUUGACGUGAAUGACAACGCUCCGGUUGUCAAUCAAAUUGUACCGAGUCAUGUGAUCAAGAUCUCUGAGAAUGCUGUUUUAGGUGUUUCGCUGGCCAGAGUCGUUGGAUCUGAUGAAGACAUUGGGGAAAACGCUCGAAUAAGUUACAGUUUUAUUGAGAACUCUUCUUCAAAUCAAACCUUUCUCAUUAAUGCAACAACGGGUGUAAUAACGUUAAAGAGUUCCUUGCAAGGAAAAGUUGGUCAUAUCUUAAAGAUUUUAGUGCUCAUUUCAGAUCAUGGUAUUCCAGUGUUGACUACAAACACAACCGUGGAAUUUCGUGUCACUUAUGCUUCUGAUGUGAAAAUAGUUUUUGUUUCCCAAUUAUAUGCGGUAAACUUGACAGAAAACAGCGCGAUGAAUUCGAGCGUUCUCGAAGUUAAGGCUUAUAUUCCCGGACUUCCCGAUGCUGAUAUUUUUUAUUUACUGAGCAGGAACGUCGCAUUUAAAAUCGAUUCAUCAAAUGGUACGAUAUUGGUGAAUUCCACAAUUGAUAGGGAAACUAAUGAGGUUUUUUCACUGACUGUGACUGCGAAAUAUGGACACAAUAUCAGUACCAAUGCCACGGUAAAUAUCACUAUUUUAGAUGAAAACGACAAUCCUCCCGUAACAGAUCCUGUCCCACUUCAGGUCAUUCCUUACAAUUUGCCAGUGGGUAACGAAAUAUGUCGGGUCAAUGCAUCGGACAGAGACAGAGGAUAUAAUGCUGUUCUUAAAUUCAGUCUUCUUGGAGACAACUUAAGUCUCUUCCUCAUCGACGGAGAAAAUGGCGUGAUCUUCUUAAACUCUGCAUUGACUGAUCUCAAGGACAGUUUCAUGCAACUGUUCGUUGAAAUUUCAGAUUCCGGCGAACCUUCACUUACAAGUAACUUGACAGUCAACAUUUCAAUCAUGUUUCCACCUCUGUUUUCUCAUAAUGUCGUCAGCAUUAAUGUGUCUGAAGAUAUUUCAAUAGGCGAGCAAGUGUACGCAUUUGUCCCAAUCAACAUUACUGGGCAAGACUUCAGUACAUAUUUUAUUAUUGGAGAUGGAAACUAUGGACAAAAAUUCUCCAUUAGUAAUGUCAGCGGAGAGAUAGUUGUUCAAGACUAUUUGGACAGGGAAGAAAUAUCUUUGUAUGGUUUAGCCAUUUAUGCCUCAAACCGAGCGGUCGAAUACUUCGCGGAAAUAAAAGCAACAAAUCUGCUACUCAAUGUCACCGUUCUUGACAUAAAUGACAAUGCGCCGUACUUAGAAUCGAUUCAGCCCAUCGCAAUAAGGAAUACUGCCCAUGUGGGAUACACAUUGUUGCGUGUGAACGCCACCGAUCCUGACCAAGGCCUUAAUGCGCAGCUGCAGUACAAAAUCACUUCCGGUAACGAAUUGAACAAAUUUGUUAUCAACCAGCUUGGUGUCCUUCAGCUCAACAGUUCCCUUCUCUAUACUACUGUUCCUUUCUUCUCUCUUGUUGUGAAUGUUUCCGAUCAUGGUUCUCCCAUGCUGUUCAAUACGACUGUAAUAAGCGUGACAGUUGAAGAUGACCGCGGUCCGCCUCAUCUUAAUCAAACGUUCUAUAAUGUCUCCUUGUAUGAAGACAGGCCUCCUGGGAGUCAAGUCGUUUCUGGUUUUGCUACCGACCCAAAUGGAGAUAGAAUUUUUUAUAAUAUAUCUUCAACAUUCAUGAACAUUACUUCUGUCUUCAGGGUGAAUUUAUUCACAGGAAUCAUAACAACAGCGAGGGAGCUUGAUAGAGAGGUCAUGGACACUUACAAGUUUGAAAUUAUUGCUUAUAAAUACUCGCCGUUAACAGGGCAGCUAUAUACAGAUAAUGCUACAAUAUGUGUGCGCGUUAUGGAUGUUAAUGACGUACGUCCUCACUUUUCAAAAGAAGUUUACACGUUGGAGUUUGACGAGGAAAACCCUCCCGGGGCGGUGUUGAUGACAAUCAAUGCUAACGAUAGUGAUCAGGGAGUGAAUUCUCGUCUGUCGUAUAGCAUUAUUUCAGGAAACGAUAGUAUAAUCAGCAUAAACAGCUCUACUGGCGAGAUGAUCGUGUUGACAUCUCUUGACUUCGAGAAAGUUCGGCAAUUGAAUUUAACCGUGCAAGCUAAGGAUCUUGGAACACCACCUCUUGAAGCCAACGUGUCCGUUGUUAUCAACAUUAGAGACAUUAAUGAUAAUCCUCCUAUUAUUAAAGGUAACUUUUCGGGAAGGCUGACGUUACUGGAAAGCGUGCAGCAGGGAACAUUUGUGAUCAAAAUCAAUGCCACAGAUGCAGAUAGUGGGCAAAAUUCGAAUCUUUCCUUCUCAAUCUUGGAUGGAAAUUUGAAUGGUGCGUUCAACAUAAACCCAACAAUUGGCUUCAUCACAACAGCUACAUGGCUGGAUUAUGAGAAGAUACAGAUUUACGCAUUAAAUGUGACCGUACACGACCAAGGGACCCCUCCACUGUCAAGCAGUAUUUUGGUUAAAAUCCAAGUGAUUGACGUGAAUGACAUGACACCUGUUAUUAAUCCGCUGUCUCCUUUGUAUGUCAGGGAGAGCGUACCAGUUGGUACGAUGAUUGCACAAGUAAACGCCACCGACGGUGACUCGGGGACAAAUGCAGUUCUCAACUACACUAUAGUUUCGGGUGAGUGACUUUUACUUCUCACUUUAUGCAAUGACUUGCCCCUCUCUUCGCAGAUCAGUUCCUCAGCGAGAUCUGAUGGAAGCGGUAGUGCCCAAACUUUGUAAGCAGUGAAAAUUGAGGCCUCUAAAUUGUCUUUGUGGGAAUGCCAAACAGUUAUGGUAUCUUAUUGUACAAUCAUUUAAAGUUGGUGUAAACUUAAGGCAAGAACCACAGUAUCACUUUGGUCUCCAUGUUGACAUAGGAGGUUGGAGCUAAAAUUUUUUGGAUCGUAUACUAUUCAUAUAAAUACGACGUGUGAUAAAGUAAACACCUGAUACAACGCAAGUCUUGAGAAAGCGCGUUUCCCUAAGGGCUAUCGUCUGAAAACUCAAUCAUUUAUAUUCGUCGUUAUCUUCCGUUUUAGGUAAUAAGGCCGCCAUCUUUGCUAUCAACGAGGAAAAUGGAGUUAUAACUACAGCACAUGCGCUGGAUCAUGAAAAUGUUUCUCUGUAUACUUUAAACAUCUCAGUCACUGACAGAGGAAUCCCACCUCAGUCGUCCGACACUCGAGUUAUGAUUCAUGUUGUCGAUGUAAACGAUCACCGUCCAAUAUUCACUCAAGAGAGUUACCAAACCAGUGCCUACGAGAACUUAACAGUUAAUUCAACUGUUCUGCGUGUACAUGCAAGAGAUUUAGACCUAAGUUCCGCAGGCGGAAUCAUUUACAGCAUUCAUAAAAGCAGCGAUAACGAAACUUUUGUGAUAGAUGACUCGACAGGAGAAAUCAAACUUAUAAAGUCGUUAGAUUUUGAGGAAACGAAGAAGUAUAAUCUUGUUGUUAAGGCAACCGACACAUUUCUUCCUAACAAUUCGCACACCAUUAUUGGUACCGUAAGUUCAUCAGUCUCUUUCUUCAGCCUCGCAAACGUCACUCUAUCUGUGUUAGACGUGAAUGACAAUCCUCCUGUAUUUACGAAAAGUUUUUAUUCCGUUUUAAUCUCGGAGAACCUGCAGGCGGAUUCAGUUGUUGCUCAAGUUAACGCAACCGAUGAAGAUUCAGGAAAGAAUGCAGAGGUUAUUUAUGAAAUGCUGUCAUCUGAUCAGGCCUCACAGCUAUUCGUUAUUGACUCCUUAACCGGCAAAGUGAAAACUAUAUCAUCUCUAAGAGAUGCAAAUUAUUUGACCUUAAACUUCUCGGUAUUUGCUUUGAACAUGGGCUCACCGUCCUUGAACAACACCGCUCUACUUCAAGUACAUGUUAACUACAAUGUUACGUUCAAGUACAACGAGACACAUCCUUUCACUUAUGCCAUUCGGGGUGCGUUUCAGGUCGAGCCUGUGGUCAUGUUGAGCAACGUUCAUGCUGAGACUAGCCUUGGCUUAUUUUCUGAGUUGUCAGGUGAAUUGGAGGUCCACAGAGGGAGCAUUCAUUACGUAAGUACGUUCAAAGUGUUGGGAGAACUCGCUUUAUACCUGCGAGCAAUUGUUGUCAGCGGUUCGCCUGACUAUCAGGUCAUACGUGUAGCCAUACAGGUAUCUGAUCGGAACUUUAAUGUUAGAACCGCACCAACUGAAGUACAUUUCAGGCUUAUUAACCUAGAUACUUACUCAGAGGAAAACACCAGCUGUAUACCGUCAGCCAAUACUGGAAUAUGUGUUGGAAGUUUGCACAUCCCUCCGGAAUGGCUCAACACCAGUGCAUUCUCUCACAAAGCUUUGAUGGAAUAUGGUCUGUCUCUUUCUAGUAUGACAAAGCUAAAGCAGUUUGAUCUCAGGAAAAGACAAGUGCCUCAAGUUGAGCAAAACUUUGUUAUUAUGGCACCGUUACAUUUAUUACAUGUGGGUGAUUCAUUUGUUCUUAAGGUGUACGCUCAGUAUACCAAACACGUGCAGUUCUUUACUUUGAUCUUCACGUUGUCGUCUGGUUUAAAGAUCACAGAAGUACAGGCCUCCUCUUCGUGGAGAAUUCAAUCUACUUUUAAUGGUGCAAACGAAUUCGUGGUAUUUGGUGCUAGAAAGAAUAGUUACGGCCAUGAAACAACCUCUACCACCUUGUUCUUUACUAUCGAAGCAGAGAUCGCAGAAAAUGCCAUAUCAUCGAGUCCAGAAUACAUGGAAUGUGUUGUGAGGCACGUUAGUGAUCAGGGAGGUAAUCAGCUCAUUUCUGUGCCGGUGGGUGCUAUUUUCGAAGACGGAUUCGGAAGAAGUAAAAAAGGAGUUUUCGUUGUUGCUGAAGAUGACUUUGCAGCGCUUUUUGUCGUCUCUGAUUUGUCAGUUAUUGUAAACACUGCCGUUCUGAAUGGAAAGCGGGUUGAAGUUCCACUGACGGUUCUUGGGGUAACUGUGAAAGGACGAGUUUUGAAUGUGACAAGUGUUGCUUGUAGAAGUCUUGAUGUUGCUGUUUUAAAAGUUUCAAAAGACUGUUCCAGUGUUUAUGUAAACGGAAGUGAAACGCAAGGAUCAUCCUCAGCCAUUGUCGAGUUUUAUUACAAGAAUCUCUCCGCAAAAUCUAUUUUCGUUGUCUGGGCACCUACUAUUCCUGUUACGUUGGAUGUUAAACCAGCUAAGUUGAAGAGAAUACUUGACUGGUACGAUCCCAGUGACUCGUGUAAGUCACGCUAUCAACAUGCGCGCUUAACAGUUACGGCGAAUUUUUCAAACGGGAAGCAGUUCUUCGCUGGAGUUGAUGUCACACAGCACGUUAAAGACAACAUGCAAAGUUCAAACAACAGUGUAGCUGAGCUUGUUGGUUUAAAUGUUCAUGGAAAAAGUGUCGGCAAGGUUACCAUUAGAGUUUUUAACUAUCUACUGGGUCGUACGUUCGGGAACGUAGAUGUGGAAGUUCAUAAUGAAGACACCAGAAUAUAUGUUCUGGACGCAGUCAUUGCUACACGGGUUUUAGGUGUUUUUCCAAAGUUGUUAAACAGCUCCUUACGACAUCCUUUAAGCUUAAGCAUGGAUCAAAGGUUUUUACUUCCACAGGAUAAAGGUUCAGUUAUAUUGUCAGUACAAUAUAGUGACGGGGUUGUGAACACGUUUCAAAGCCUAGAGGGCUUCAUCAUCAACUCUUCAAACAACAGUCUGGUCACGGUAGAAGGUAACCGUAUAACAGCGGUUGAUAAUAGUAGCGGUAAUGUACUUCAUGUCAUCGCAGACUCCGGUCAUUGCUCACAGAGACCAACCAUUAGUUUACGUGCAAACCUCGAUGUAAUCUUCCAGGAACCCAGAGCAAUUCUUGUCAUUUUGAGCUCCAACGAGAUAACUCCACGCGGGGAUCCUGCAGAGGUGCUUAAGGUUCCUUUAUAUGCAGAGGUAAGAGUGACUCUUGUUUACAACAUCAGUUGUCGUGAACACCGCGUGGAUGUUUCAAACGACAAUCGGACAAUUUACUCCAUAGAAAGUAAUGGUGACUUGGUAAGCUUGGCUAAAACAGAUCGCGCUGUCAUUGUGGCUGCCUCUGGUGGUGGUUUUGGUCGAGUCCAUAUUUCCAUCAAGUUCGCACAUGUUCAGUCAAAUGUUCAAGUCACAAUUGAUGUCAUUGGUGCCCAAAAGCUCGAAGGUUUCGCGAGUCCGCACCCAUUUUUUAACUCUUCAACAGUUGUUAACGUUACUCAGUUGAAUCCGAUCGGAAACUCGGGAGAGUACCAACGAGUCAGAUUAAACUUGAAUCUUAGGCUAACAAACGGAACAUCAAGUGACAUCACAAUAAACAAGAGAACAGGAUUUAAGGUUGUAUCAGCCCAACCAGCUGAGCUUGCGAAGUACAGCUCCAUUGAAGCGCUAGUUGAUGGGUACCAUGUGGUCUCAGUCCGGUGGAGUGGUGAGAGAGGUCAGCUGUCAAUCAGUGGAAGUUUUUUGAACAUGUCAAGUCAUGUCUUGAUCCUUUGGGUUGAGUCAACUCCUACAGUGGUAACAUUUGUAGAAUUUGCUACGUCACCAAACUUUACGCUCAGAGGUGUCCGGGAUCGUUCAAAUCUGCAACUAUCUGUAAAUCUUGGAUUAAGCGAUGACUCUAAAUUUAUAGGGCUCUUUCGCUCAGAAAACACGACUUUUUUUAAUUUAGUUGCAUUUAGAACUCAGGACACAACAAAAAUAUCACUGAAUAAGACAAGCGGUUUUGUGAUGCUGAGAGCCAAUGCUCCACAGGAAGUACAAGUCACAGUAUCUGCCUUACGAUCUCUGUCCAUAUCAGAUACUAUCUCCUUUGCCUGCAACUUGGACCCAGAUGUUGGCGAUGUAGACAUCGGUGACGUCACUGGCACUCCAUUAAAACGGGUGCAUGUCGGAGAAAGUUUUAUAGCAGCUGUGCGUAUUAACUCUGGAAAUCUGGUGCUAGGUAGUUUCGAUACAGAGAUCGUGUUUGACAACGAGUUCUUGGAAGUGACUAGUGUCAGUGAAGGUGCUGACAUGCUUGGUUAUUUUGUUUCUGAUAGGUCGAGUCUGACUAAUCAAACUGGAAAAAUAAGAAUUGCUGGUGCACUCAGUGUGGACAGCCAGACUCAUCACAUCCGCCAUGUCGCAGAUAUAACAUUUCGAAUUUUAUCAAGCGGUGUUGCUGGUGUGAAAGGAACGGUCCUGAUGAUUGCUGCCAAUGAUCUUGUUGGUAGCGUGAUCGGACCUCCCGUUCCUAGGACCAUCGUGGCAGGAAGUGUUGAGGUUGCAAUCGAAAGUUUACUUCGUCGACGGAAAUCUCUUGCAUCCCUCUCCUCAAGUAGCACUCGCAUCAGACGGUCAGUCGUCGCUUGUCCCACUCCCCCUUGUAGUAAUUGUCCAGAAGGGGAGAGAGAACCUGGAGAUACUGACGGUAAUUGUAUUUUUGACAUAAGAGAUGUGAAGUUCACGUUGGAUUACUUGACAGAGCAGCAGUUUAACUUCACCCGGGACAAGGGACAGCAGAUACAGAACUCUAUCGCAAAUCAUCAGUUGCAGGCUUUAGAUGCCAACGGGGACGGUGCAGUAACGUUAAAUGACGUAAAUCUUUUAUUGCGGGCGAAUCUUAAGGUAGUUCCGUUUUUUCCAACUCUUACAGUUGUUCCAGUUGAAGACCCAAACUCGCAUUGUCUACUCACAAUCUCUGCAGCUAUUUCGCAACUUGGUGUCGAACAAACAGAUGCGAAUCGAACAUUUGUUUUCUUCGAUAUUUCUCACACGGAGCAAAAUUUUUCUGGAAUUCUACGCGACAGUGUGUUUGUAAGUGGGAGUGUAGUACUGGCAGAAAAGGGAAUUCCCGGAUACAUGAUUCGCGCAGAGUAUGACUCAGUGGGUAGAAGAUAUGUGGUGUCAUUGAAUACUUCCCUCGUUUACUCUAGUGUUGGUUUGUCCCUGGUUCAGGUUCGCUUUGCUGAUGACGGUUCAAUUGACUUCACUCGAACUGUUUUGGUCAAUGGUUUAUAUACACGUCCUCCACUUUAUCAAGGUGUUCUAAACCUAACUCUCGACCUAGGAAGUGGAAGACGUUACAGUAUUACUCGACCAAACGGUUAUAAUCCCUAUACUGUCUUCAGUAAUGCUUUAGCGACAUCAAAUUGCAGUGAAGACCCUCUUCUCGAGAAAGACAUUAUGGCGGAAGCGCUAGGCGCAAGGAAAGUUAUGGCUUCUUGGAAACUGGCCAAUGCUAGGCAAAAGUUAAACUUUUCAUUUACUCUGUUUCUUCAGCAAUGUGACCCAGCGCGAAUAAACGAGCAUUGUGAGAUUCAUAGGUUCCGAGUGGCUGGAACUAAUCAUACUGUUACAGGCCUUACACCUUAUACCAACUACUCUGUUCAAGUGGCGACCACACGGAAACCACAUAGGGAGACACACUGGGCAGCUGUACUGACUUUGGAGUCAGGUAAAUAAAUGUUUUGAUUUUUUUAGAGUUCACAGGUAUACUGGCUAUUUUGUGUGAACCUUUGCGGAUAUUUACCUCAAUCCUUGAAAAAACUAUGAAAUUAAAUGAAAAUACAAUUUUGUUCUUUUUUACUCCCCCAGUACCUGAAGGAGUUGAUGCUCCUGCCUUUGAGAUCUCCAGUUUAUCUUCAAUGAACGUCACAUGGACAAAGCCUCAGCAUCCCAACGGAAUUAUCGUUAACUACUCCCUAUACAUGAGCAAUUCGUCUCUUUUUUCUGUCCUUUAUCAAGGCCUCAGCCUGUCGUAUCACGUGACUGGACUCUCCUCUGGUCAAAAUUACCUUUUUUACAUCAUGGCUAAUACAUCCGUUGGUGGAACCAAGAGUGCUGUUGUGAGUGCGUCAAUUUCAGUUGAGAGUACUCCGAGUAAGUAACAUGCCUCAGUGCGGGGAAACUGGUUUAGAUUAGAUGUGUUGAUGUUGUAAAUUUCUUAAAGCUGCAGGAUAAUCGAUUUUAGUAGUGAUAACUUCAAGUUAAUAUUCCUGUUUGCAUGAAGUGGCCUUAUUUAUGAAUAUAAUACAAAGAAAAGAUGUUUUCAAUGAGUCGUUAGAAUCCAUCAGUCUUCAGAGUUUGCAAAAGGAUAUUUAGGUGUGUAAGCCAGAUACUGAUGACUUGUUUGAUUUGUUACCAGGUUCAGGCGCAGGACAAACUGGUCUGUCAGUUGGAGUUAUAGUUGGAAUCACCAUUGCAAGCGCUGCUUUCCUUACCCUGUUGAUUGUUCUUUUGGUUUGGGUCUUCAGGAAAUGUGUUGAGCGAAAACAGCACCACAUGCUGGAUUAUCAGUCACUUCACAAGUAUAACUCCUUAGUAAGUUUUCUCAAGGCUCAGAUUGUCCGACUGUUGUCGUCAAAUGCGCGGAAGUCUUCUUAAUUUGUAUAUUAUAAUGAUGGUAGCCAAAAGCUAAGGAUAUGUUCUGAACGAUGCACUGUUGUUUCCACUCAUAGGAUAUCAACAACAGAGAUAAUGUUAUGAUGCAGUUAAGGUCAAGCUCAAGUCACCGUCACAACAGUCUGUCGAGAGGGCGACUAUAUGAACAUCACGUCAGUAUUGAUGGACUGGAAAAUCCCUGGAAGGAACAGGUACAUACCACGACCACUAGGCUGUAAAGUGCUUUGUUCGCAAACGAAUAAAGGUCUUAGGCCAUCGUAGAAUGUAGCUUUAACCUUUUGUCCUACUUUUGCCGGAAACGUUUUCUAUGAACACGUGUAGUGUUACAUGCAGCUAGAGUGUCAGCGCAGUCAAAUCUACCCGCAUGACGUAGCUUCUUUAUCUAUUUUCUCAGUUUUAAGCAAACCGUUUAACGGGUUUUCUCGUAAUUUGCACCUAGCGAUUUUUUUUCUAAAAAAUAAAUGAAAGUUUUCUAGAGUGAAGUCUUGCGUGGCCAAAAUUUCAGGUGACAUUUGUUGUUUCAAUGCAGCUAAUAGCUAAAGGAACUUGAUGGAGACAAUUCUUCUUUCUGUAUUAGAAGACAGAAGAGGAAUCCAGGCUGGACUCGUUUGCUAUGGUAAACCACAAGCACUUUGAACCAAGCUCCGCACCCACUCACCACGGCUGGGACCCAGGUUACGAGGAGACAGUUCUCAAAGAAGCAGCACAAGAAAUGAAUGAGCUUGAUGUAAUAAUGAGAGAGGUAUAGUUUCACUAUUUAUCUCCGCCUACCACCUCCCCUUCUUCCGAUGAAAAUUGAUUUUGAAGCUGCUUAAUUAACAUCAGGUUCUAAUCAGACUCAAUAAACUAAAUUUAGUUAUUGAUGACGCUUAUUUUUGACAGUAACUGCUUUGACGCAAUGACCCCAUCGAUAUCAUUGAAAACAAUUGGUUUUAUCGUUGUUGAGAAUUAAAAGGUUAAAGAACAACAAUUUAUUGUUAAUUUUUUUUUUUUUUUUUUAAUAUUUUUCAAUUUUUUGUCAUAUUAUUAUUUCUUCAUUUCACGCUUAAGAGCUUGGACAAUGAGGGACGUAUUGUUGUUGGUCUACGGGAAGAUAACCUCGUUCGUAUGGCGGGGCAGUCUCACAGUCAUUCUUCUUUGAGUCCAGAAAACAUGGCCAAGAAGACAUCCAAGAAGAUGAAGGAACAAAAAAAAGGUAAGAUGAAUAAGGAUUUUGCGUUAGAAGUAUUUCCGUUAAAACUUGAGUUAUUCGUAAUAAGAGAUGAGCAUAUAAUUUGUAUACCCUGAUAAAUUAAUUUGUAAGCGUCAAAGUUGUGUUUGCAAAACCUAAUUAAAAUCUGUCAAAUUUGAUAUUGACUGUACAAGCACAUUCGUGAAAACAUAUUUGUUUUUGUAGAAUCCAUUGAGUGGGACUAUUAUUACGCCAAGAGUGCAUUAGCCAGCGGUGAUAACGGUUUGGAAGAUACCAAGGUAAAUUGUAGAUGUGUUCAUUUGACUGUUGUAUGCUGUGUUCUUUGUUUAGUAGCGAUGGCCGUACAAUUUAUUUUCAGUGUUCCUCUUUAAAAGUCGAUAGUUCUCAUAAAUAACACUUGAGUGAAUAUGAAUCAAAUAGAGAACAGAAUGUAUAUAUUUCCUCUUCAAGGUUGAAAGGCUUUUAUCUUUCUUUUAUUUUUCCUUUUUUUCAUUUCUUUAACUGCAGUGACUUUUCUCUUUUCAGCUCUAACUUUCAAAGGGAUACAGUUGCAGUUAUAAAUAAGGAGGAUGAUAUUAUAUGUUGUUAUUUACUUAGACUUACACUCAACAAAACGAGCACUGCGAUUGGUUGAUUCUUGGUCACGUGCACCUCAUCAAAUUCAAAUGUAUCCCGACAGGGAUACAGUUGCGCAGUUGUUGCCCGCGCGCCGAAUAGAACAGCUCGUUUGUUUGUUUUUGCCACAUGAUUAUUUAAGGAAAGUUUAAAUAUAUAACAAAGCACUUAAUUUAUAGUCCCUCGAGAAACUAGUUAGUUUUGUUUUCCCUCGAGAUAAAUAGAUAAAUAUCUAUCAUUUGGAUAGCGCAGUACGUUUUGUUUUCACUUAUUCCGUGGAUAGCGAUUUAUCCGUUGUUAAAAGUGAAGCGGGUGAAAAAAAAACUGUAGGCCCAGGCCUACACAACCAUAGGCUGGCUUCGCCCCAGAUUGCCUACUUAGGAUAAAAAAAUCUUAUAAAUUUUACUAUUGAGAUAAACGAUAAAAUACAUGAACAAUUUCAAUGCUAAUGUUACCUCGAGUUUUGAGAAUAAAUGCCAAAGUAGAAAUUCCGUUCAGCCUUAAAAUCGCCAGGAAAACCCAAUGAAGGUGUUUUUAAUGUUUGCUUAUUAAAACUUUUGAUUUAAGAGUAUAAUAUUAUUUGCUUAAACUUAAAUAGUGCAUGUGAUUUGUAUUUUCAACAGAAAUGUCUGAGAUUUAAAAACUUUGUUAAAAUGAAAAGUUUAAUUCUAAACAAUAAGAUUCAAUAAACCUGUAGUUAAUGAAAUAAUGAUUAAAUAAUAAUGAUAAAGGAAACAAAAAUGAACGCAGAAAGUAAAAGCACACUAAAGCUCACCUGCCAAUCGCGUAAAUCUGAAUUAACCCUGGAUCAGUAUGCAAUGCUUAAGAUUUUAUUUGAUUUUUUUAUUUAUUUUUAAUUGACUAUGAUGAAAUAAAAUAAUAACAAUUUUUUAUUAAAUUUCUUUUGCGCAAAUAUUAAUACAAAAUUUUCAUUUGCGUAUUACAAUAUUGUUAUAUAUCUAUAUACAAGAUAAAAAUACUGCAUUUAAAACAAAAAUACGAUAAAAAUUAAAUAAUAAUUACAAUAAUAUAAUAAAUUAAUAAUCGAAUCUAAAAAUUAAAAUGAGAAAUCACAACUUUCGUACAAAAAAUGCCUCUUCAAAUGAGUGAGUCAGUGUUUUUUUCUUUUUUUAAACUGAUGAAUGUUAUUGGUGUUUUUUGUACUCUCUGGAAGGGCACUCCAGAGUCUUAGGGCCGCCACGCUAAAAGUCCCAUUAAUGGAACUCUUGAAUAAAUUAUUAAAUGAUUUCCAUGCUUAAUUUCACCAUUCUUAGAAAAUGACUUGAUUUUGAAAUUAAAAUUGCAGAUUUUCAUGGCUAACCUUUUCCAUAUAAAAAUUUUCAUGUAUGUGGUGAUCUUCCAAGACAUCUUUUGGAUGUGCUCUUUUUGUUAAGGGGGCAUUGCAGUCAUUGCCUUGAAUAUAUUUAACAUUAUACUAUCCCAAGUUAGACUUGAGAGAUUUACUCCAUUACCCACCAAGUUGAUUUUUCAUGAAGGAAGACUUCAUUAACCGUGAUUAUGUCUCAUGCUUUCAGAAGCGUGAGUCAGUCUUAACAAUUUCUUGAAAAAGGGAAGUUUUCUGAUUAUUUGUUCUUGCUUAAAGUUUUUUCCUUGGAUUACUCCUUGCAGUCACGUCUACGUAUACAAAAGGCGCGAUUGAUGGCAGAGGAAAUGCUCCAGCGGUUAGUAACUUGUGACGUCAAUAGAGAGUUUCGCGAACUGUCGGCUGAAAAAGCAGAAGGAACUUAUCAACGAGCGAAGUAAGUAGUUCUUUAUGCGCCCAUAACUUGGAGUCGUAACUUUUUUCAUCCAACAUUUGUGUGAAAAUCAGUGAAGACUUUGCAUCGGAAAGACAUCACUAGCGCGGCGUUUGGUUUUCAUUUCUUGGAAAGAAUAAAGGCCAAUUAAAUAAAGAUCUGCUUUUCGUUUUUAAAAUGAACGUCAAAAAUAGUAAUUUAGUGCUAGGGUAUUGUAAAGACGCUUCUUCAUUACGAACCUAAAUUUUAAUGUAUUUUUUAGCGGUGUUUGUAUUGCCUCGGUCAAACAAUAGGCGAUGAAACAUAGUUCGUUUCUCCUUUUCUCAGUGAUCCAGUUAAUCUGCCCAAGAACCGCUAUAAGAACAUCCUUCCGUUCGAUCACUCCAAUGUGACCCUACAGCAGGUGAAAGAGGGCGAAGGAGGGUCGGAUUAUAUCAACGCGAAUUUCCUAGACGGAAAUAAGCUGAAGAAUUCUUACAUCGCAACUCAGGUAAUUUUGGUUCAGAUACAGUUUGUAAUAAGCUAAGUUUCCACCUCAUACCAACCAGUGAUGUAUCACAGCCAACAGAAAUCUCUCUAACCGAUCUUCUAUCUCUGGUGUCAUUCCAGGGCCCACUGGAUAAUACCGUUGCUGACUUUUGGCAGAUGAUUUGGGAACAGAACGUUCACGUGAUCGUUAUGUUAACAAGGCUGCAAGAGGGAAAGAAAGUCAAAUGUGUCAAGUAAGAAUCACGACAUGUCCUUUGUUUGAUAUUACUUAUGUAAGGUAAGUCACAAUUAAAUGUUUUUUUUUGUUUAAAGAUAUUGGCCUGACACUGACGAAGAAGUUACCUUUAAAGACUUUGUGAUAACUUGCAUUUACAAAAGGUAAGACCGAAAGCGCUAUUGGAGAUGUUCCUUGAAGUCUCAGUUUUGUUUAGCGUUUUAUUCAUAAGCAUUUAAUUUUGUUUACAGAAAACUCGACAGUCGUGUGGUUCGUCGUUUCCUUCUUGAAAAUUCUGGUAGCGGUGAGUGUCGAGAACUCUUGUACUUUCAAUUCACUGCUUGGCCUGACUUUGGUAUCCCGUCAUCCCCAGCGGAUUUUCUUGAAUUGUAUUAUGAAGUGAUGAAAGAGUACAGAUCACUUCCGUUGCCGGGGACCCCCAUGUUGAUACAUUGCAGUGCGGGGGUAGGAAGAUCUGGGGCUUUUUGCGCCAUUAACAACUGUUUGCAGUCGUUCAGAUCCACUGGCAGGAUAGAUGUGGCUGAAACUGUCCGGUCCUUGAGAAAACAGCGCGCUGGAAUGGUGCAAACUUUGGAGCAAUACGCCUUUUGUUACAAAAGUAUUAUUCUUGCCCUCCUGUACCAAAUGAAAUUAAAGAAAUUGAAAGGGAUUUCUCUUUUGAGCCAUUCUGCAGCAUCGUCAAGUGGUGUUUGGACCUCGGCUGAAAGAUCACCAAGCCCCCAGGGAACAACUGAUGAAUGCAUCAAUUCAGGAAAACCCACAAGCCCCGGGUCCAAAAGAACAAAGGUGUCCUCACAAAAUGCGCUGCCUUAUUCACAUUCUCAGCAGUUGUUUCCCCCAUUGGAACGUUUAGAAUGCAAUGGAGACAGUCUUCCAGUAGUGAUUGUUCAUUCUACUCCAAAGAGACUUCGCGAAAAGCAAAACUCCCUCACUUCGAAUCGGAGCAAGAGCGACGAACUUUAUUCAAGGGAGACUUGCAUCGAUGAAAAACAGAAUUUAGAGAUACCCGUAGGAGAUGUGGGUCGACGGAAGACGACUGGAAACAUUCGAAAGCGUCCUAAUCUUGGGGAGCCGCCACCACCACCCCCACCUCCUCCAUCACGUGCCUUACCGCCCCUGUACCACAAGAAAAUGGCCUCCGUGAUGACGACUUAGCCCCUGAACUUCCUGAAGUUGAUUACUCAGACUAUGAGUUUUCCGAGGACGAUGAUGAGCCUUUCCCACCUCCCCCUGAGGCAUUCUGUGUAGCUGCUGAAGGAGAACAGCUGAACCAAUUUGAUUCCACGGCCUAAAAAACAACUUGGAUAUUAAGAAUGGUGUGAACGACGUUCUUAAAACCUUAGGAGGACGCAGAUAUUACCUUUAAGACCCUGUCAUUACGUCGAAACUUGAUGUCACUGAGUAGAUUAGGUCCGCUAAAAAUGAUAAUACAAUUAGAUACUCGAUGAGUGACUGAGGUAGAGGAAGAAGUGACGCUGAUACAAUAACGAUAGUUUACUUUUUUAUGUCAGCAAAAGUAAAAUUUAAAAACUGAAAAGUAUUGAAACAAAUGUGGGUAUAGGUUUGUGGUAGGUAUUUUUAUAUAAAGGUUUAUUUUAUGUGUAGAAUUAAUCCACUCAUAUUUAAGGACAACGAAAACCAAACUUUACAGCUUUUUAUAUUUAGUCUAGUUACUUCUUGUGGAUAGGAAUUGUAUAUUUUAGAUAAUAUUUUUGAAGAGCAUAAAUUCUUUGUACUGUUGAUUUUUCAAAAUAAAUCAUGCUUUAAAAAUUUA